UUAACGACCAUCAAACAUUGCAACCACCAACAAGCCUAUCGUGUGGUCAGUAGUAUCUGAUUUCAUCUCUCUAAAGAGAGGGCCAUUUUUCUUUGAGAAGUUUUCCGAGCCAACAUAUUUGGAUUCAAUGGCGUGGAAAUCACGGCAAUGGGACUUUCCGUUACUCGUUUCCGUUCUUUUGGUUUCUCAUUGUUACGCGGCUACGGAUGAAAUAUCUAGUAGCAGUACUGCCGCAGCAAUGGCCAGCUCUGAUGUGGCUAGCUCGAGCUCUGCGGCACCCGUUACCACGACCACCACCACUACUACCACUGAGAAGCCCUUAAAUGACCGGGUGCAAUGCUACGCUUGCGGGCAAUCCAUGAUCGACCCGACCUUGGACGGAGAAGAUUACUACGAUCUAGAGAAACUCCAACCAAACCAAGCACCAGGAGCGGGCAGCAAAAUGUACAACCACACUUGUGACAUUAUGGACCGCCUGGGUGCCUCGUCUCAUUGGAUCCGUACCUGUCCUGAAGGAGUUAAGAGUUGCUUCUUUGCCGAGGGGACCUACGAGUUACAAUCUGCAAUAUUUCGAGGAUGCGCCGGCGCCAAGUAUCCUCAUGAUAAGAAGUGUGACCGAGAAUUGCAAGCGGUUCAAGUUGUGGCUGGAAAGAAGUCGGUGGAUGUGGAGGUGUUCCUUUGCUAUUGCAACGAGCAGGUCUGCAAUCUGGAACGUGGAAAUGCUAAAAAAAUGACUGCUGGUCUUCUUCAAAUCCUGACCGUGUUUCUCUUGGCGCAAGCUCUCCACUAAAAGAAUUAUGUUUCUUCGAUUAUCCCAAACACGUUGAUAGCCUGCUCAUGAACAAAUUUUGAAAUAAAACUUACUUUCACAA